AUAGGGAAUAGUAAAGUUUUCAAUUUUUCGCAAUGUGAGGGCUAUAAUUUGCAUGUAAAACACGUUUCUUAACAUCAUUUUAUGGUGUACAUUUUGUGAAAAGUAGCAAUCCAAUUACAAGGAUCAAGAUGUAGUUCCAUGAGCAAUUAAUGAUAUUCAUUAAUAGAAUUUAAGUUGACUUGCUUACUAACUGUACAGCAUGUUUUAAUUAACAAAGUGACAGUACAGAAUGGGAAUAAAUACAUGCCAAAUAAGCAUGUUCCACCUAUCAUAUCAUUCUUUCAUACUCAGCAUUUGCUUUAGUCGUGUGGUAUAAGAAUUGCUUUGUUUGCAAUUUAAGGAUCAACCUACUUUAACAAAGGAUUUUUAUUUAGAUUGAUAAGCAUUUCAAACAUUCCAACCAUUGUGCCUUUUCCUGAAAUUGAGUGGUGGUAUGGGUAUAAUACCAAUGUUUCACCACGUGUUACAUGCUUUAAGAUUACUUCACUUAAAUUUUUGUUUCUAUUAUCCAAUUCGCUUAUUUUCCAGGAAGUAACUGUAUAACUCAUAGAUAGUUUUAGAUAUAUAUUUAUAAAAUUGUUUAUUAACCAAUAUGACGUUUCAAUGGUUAGUUGUGUCGUUUUUCUUAUACUCUGAAAUAGGAUUGUGUGUGUUAUUAUGUCUACCAUUUAUUCAACCAAAGAGAUGGCAGUAUGUUUCCAAAUCUCGUCUGCUAGCAUUUUUUGUGACAUAUGGUAACCUGUAUUUUGGAGUGUUCAUCGCGGUAUUAGUUAUACUUUUUGCAGAUGCUGUACGUGAAGUUCGAAAGUACUCUAUUCCAAACGCUCAACAAGUGGAUCUCAAAAAUAAUCCUAAUGCACAAGAUCAUGUGUUGAUGAUGCUAUUCAGAGCUCAGAGAAAUUUGUACAUCACUGGAUUUGCUUUGUUCAUGCUGGUGAUUCUUCGUCGUCUUACUACAUUGAUUUCCGACUCUGCUACACUUAUAGCAAGUAACGAAGCAAUUAAAAAGCAAGCUGAAAGCGCGAGCAAAGCUGCAGAGGCAUUGCUGAAAUCUAAGGAAAACAAAGAUGGCAGUGAUGUUGAUGCGGUAGAUGUAGAAGAGCUUAAGAAGGAACUUGAUGAAGUGAAAGAAAAAUUAACUGAUGCUAGAAAAGCUGAAACGAAAGCACAGAAUGAUUUGAAUGCAAUGAAACAACAAGCUGAAGGUGUUACGAGAGAGUAUGACAAUCUAAUGGGGAAGUUCACUGAACUGCAGAAUCAAGUUGAAGGCAGUGGAGAUAAAAAAGAUGAAUGAAGUGAUUUGCAAGCUUACCAAUGCAUGAUUUUGCGGUACUUUCUGAUUCAAUAAUGCUUGCUCUGAUGCAAUCAGAAAACUUACUUAAAGACAUUUUAGUAUAUAAUAAAUUGUAUAUCAUACUGUGGAGAAAAAAAUAUGAGACUCAUAUAUGGGUAUCUACUGAAAAAAAAGGCUAUGAAUUGGUGUGAAUCCCAACAUAUUAUCUAUAAAAAUUUUUCAAAAUGUUUCAUUGGUCAUCCAUGGACAGUCGCUAUUAUAUCAUUUUAACCAAAUAUUCGUAUGGAGAAAUUUUCACUUUACAGUACAGUCUGCAUACGAGCUGUAGUGCACUUCAUUAUAAUAUCUUGCUUAUAUAUUGCUGUUAUAGCUAUUUGCUGAUGUUGUGCUUUUGAGUAACUUGCAUGCAUGUGUAUUAUGUUCAUAAUAUCUUCUGAUUUUAUGUGAAUGAGCUUAUGUUUAUAAUAUCCUGAAACUGAUAUAUAUCAUUUAACGUAGUAUCUAACUUGUUCAUUGUAUGUACAUAAGCUGUAUUAAAGAACUGCCUUCACUAUAUUAUAUGAAGUAAAUUUGCGACAUUUUUUGUGGUGCUGAA